GCAUGACGCAGUGGCGACGUCAAAACAUUCGGAAUUUUCGGUGGGGGAUGUUUCUUUUGUGAUCUUGGAGGGAUUUUGGGUAAUUUCUCAACAAUAACUGCAAAUUCUGGACUGUUAUCUAUUUAGAAACUGCAGAUGAGUGUUUGAUACAGCAGAAGGCAUAAGAAUUUGAGGCAAUUCCCAAUAAAAGAAGCGAAAAUCAUAAGCAGUGCUUCAACAUAACCUCAAGAAUUGCUGCAAAAGAUGCCAAGUUACCGCCUUUUCGCUGCUUAGGAGACUUCCGGAGGUCCAGAAGUGAAGUAUACCCUCAAGUUUAGUAUUCCCGAGGCAAUUUGGACACAUAGGGGGAUGCAAAGGGACAUUCUGAGAGGCAUGAAGACGGCAUUUCAAAUGAUUUCCGACGAAAACUUCUUUCUCUACAAGAAUCGGGAAUUCGCAGUCUAUGAUCACUUUUCCAAAUUGUCCGAUGAGAUGAUCCUGCAGGUGUUCAAGUGGCUGCCCAAGAAGACGUUGAUGAAGUGCAGCCUUGUCAAUAGACGCUUCCACCGUUUGACCCAGGAUGAAACUCUCUGGGCAAGAAUGGACCUGGCAGGGAGGUCAUUUCGCACUGAGGCAAUCGGACGUAUUAUAACGCGCGGUGUGAUUAUUUUGCGACUGGCACAGACGAAGAUCAUUGAUCCGAUCUUCGAGCCAGACUUUUUCGUUCGGAUGGAUCAGUUUGAGAGUAAAUUGCAGUAUUUGGAUCUCAGUAUGUCUAGCAUCACUACCUCCGGACUCCAGCAGCUCCUGAAGACUUGUCGGCAACUCAGAAAACUCAGUCUUGAGCACCUAACGCUCAAUGAUCGAGUUUGUGAGGAAAUAGCCCAGAAUACUCAACUGGAAGUCCUCAAUUUGACUCUCUGUUCAGGAAUUAGGAGCCGAGGACUCAAGAAUAUUCUCACCAACUUAGAUAGAUUGCAGAGUUUAAAUAUAUCAUGGACGAACUUGGAGACUGAAUCAGUGGCCAUUCUUGUGGAGACAAUUACUCCCAAUAUUCUCCGGCUGAACAUGGCUGGUUGUAGGAAAAGUCUUAUGGACGAUCAUCUCAGCACACUUGUGGAUCGCUGUGCAAAUAUCAGAGAAUUCGAUGCGUCAGAUUGUAAUUUAUUGACAGUAGAUGUGAUCAAAAUUCUAACUGGACUCAGGGAAUUGGAAUAUCUGUCGCUGUCCAGGUGCUACAACAUCCCCGUUUAUGCUUUUAUGGACUUUCAGUACAUGACUUCGUUGAAUUUUCUGGAUAUUUUUGGAAUGCUGUCCGAUAGUCAGCUGAAAGUCAUUGUGAAUGGACUACCGAGUGUGGGCAUCAAUAAAUUCAUCAAUAGUGCUGUGGCCAGGCCAACUGUGGGCACUCGGCGGACGUCCAUUUGGGGCCUGAGGACGCGUGAUUGAAGGUAAAUGAAUUUUGACACAUCAUUGCCUCUCGAAAAAAUUGUAAAGAUUUUACGGAAUAAUAAUUUGUGGUGAAAAUGAGGAAGAAAGCCUCUGAAAUCUCAAA